AUGUUUUUAGCACUGGACUUGUACUGUAUCCUAUUCAGUGAUCAAUACAAGGGUUGGUCUGAUAAAAAUGGCGCUAUCUUUCCUCGGCAAAAACAGCUUUCCGAUUAUCCCUAUAUUACUGAAAACAAACAGAAGCGUCGAACCAGGAACUUCCAGUGUGGUGUGUCAAGAGGACGAUCAAAACAGACUGCACUGAAUGCCGAACCUAAUGCGCCAGUUCUCAAAACUCGCAAAUAUUUCUCCUCUGUUUCUCAUACUUUGCGAGUACUUCGCAAUUCGACAUCAGAUGAAGAGACAGAAGAUUCGACCUCCGAUUCUGAAGGAACACACGAACCUUCUCCAACUGUCUUUCCGCAUCCACUUCGUGGGUUGGAGAUACCCACUCCAUCAGAACCUCGAACCCCCUCGGAAGACUUUGCAUUAGAUGAUGUAGAUUUGGAAUCCGAGUUACGCAACUUAGGCCUGCCAACAAGCUUUGGUCCCGUUCGUGAAUCAUAUACCGUUGCUCAUAUACGAAACAGCGUGGAGUCUAUUUCGAAUGACAGUGAUUAUCUACUUCUGAUGACACACAUACAAAAUCAGAUGCGCCCUGCCAAAGUGAUCCCGCGACGUUCAGCCAGUCUGAAACGUUUGUUCGGGGAGACCGUCAACCCUCCGCUGAGGCUUCACUCAAGUAGUGAGAAUCUCUCGAAUUUCCACAACUCCGUUUUUCGAAGUUGGUGCAGUUUACUCGAAUUAUCCUGCGACUUCACACAACCUCUGUGUUAUGCUCUGCAACAGUGUUCCUUAAAUUUGGCCCCGGCAUGGGUCUUUGCGGACUUCAACCUUCAUGCCUUUCUGUACAGCUGUCGCUCUUAUUGGAGGUAUGAAGUACCAAGCAUUGCCGCGGACCAGCACACUGCUGCACUUGGGUCAUUGCAAUGGGAAUCAAUACGUUCGGAUCCGGUAAUGAGCAAGUACUGGUCACAGCGCUUUCGUCUCUUCUCUAGGCUAAACCAAGGGAUUCAAAUGGACCGGGAUAGUUUCUUCAGCGCCACACCCGAAGCCAUCGCCGUUCAUCAUGCUCUGCGUCUUCGCCAUGCGCUAUCUUUGGAUUGCGAUCGUCUUUAUCAUGCGACCGUCGUAGACGCGUUCUGUGGCACCGGGUGCAGCGCUAUCCAAUUCGCUGUGAUGGGAUUUCAUGUUGUCGCAGUGGAAAUCGAUCCCUCACGGCUCGCAAUGGCAAAACAUAACGCCGCAGUCUACGGUGUCGAAUCGGAAAUCGAAUUUGUGUGCGCCGACUUUUUCGUUUGGGCCAAGUCCAAACUUCGAGACGGGUCCAUGAAAAGCGCCAUUUCCACCCGUGAUCCUUAUUCUGCAGUUUUCAUGUCGGCUCCGUGGGGCGGGCCGGACUAUCUGAACACCGCUACUUUUGAUAUCAAUUGCAUUCAGUUCGGAACGGCGUGUGAGGAACAGCACACGUUUUUUCACGCGGUUCAACUGGCCAGCCAACUUGCUCUAGGCCGUGUCAUUCUGUAUAUGCCACGCAACACGAAUAUGGCUCAACUGCACGCUUUGAGUACCGCGGCGAGGGCUGCAUCUUUGCGCGUCGCCGAACCAUCCUCUACCUUUUCUUUCGAUGUUCAUGAAAUCGAGGUAGAAGCCAACAUGUUAAAUUUUAAACUAAAGUCUUUAACCAUCUAUUUCGGGGAUUUGUGUAACGUGACACGUAGCUCAGCGAAACCAAAUUCCUUCCCAUCGCCAGCUAACCAUCACAGUUCCCCCACUUACUCGAACACGGACUACUGUGAUGACUCUGACUCCUCCUCUCCUGAAUACGCCACUGCCUUAGAAGACUAA